AUGGUUUCCUGUCCAGUUGAUGGCGGCUGGACUGACUGGAGUCCAUGGUCCGCCUGCAGCGUGACGUGUGGAGUCGGUACGCAGACUCGGGACCGGAGCUGCACCAAUCCUGCACCAGCUCACGGCGGGGUGAAGUGUGAUGGACGAUCCGAUCAGGAGACACAAGCAUGCGACACAGGGGUGUCCUGUCAAGUUGAUGGCGGCUGGUCUGACUGGAGCCCAUGGUCCGCCUGCAGCGUGACGUGUGGAGUUGGUGAGCAGACUCGGGACCGAAGCUGCACCAACCCUGCACCAGCUCACGGCGGGGCGGAGUGUGACGGACUGGAUCAGGAGACACAAGCAUGCGACACGACGGUUUCCUGUCCAGGUAACUGUAAUGUAUAA